AUGGUUAAAGGCCGUACCCUGAUGUCGCUGCUCGCUGGCGCGGCGAGCAUACUCUCAGCCAAAGCCAGCGUGAAGCCAGAGCCGAAACACCUUGCUGGGUCCUACAUUGUAGAAUUCGAGGACUCUCAGAGCUCGGCAGAGUUCUUUAACCAUCUCGGAUCCAAGGCGGAGACGCGUAUGAACCUGAACUAUAAGCUGUUCAAAGGGGCGUCUAUCCAAUUCCGCGACCUCAAGACAGCCGAGGAAGAAGUGGGCAAGCUGGAUUCCCUCCGCAGCGUUAAGCAGAUAUGGCCAAACAGGGUGUACACGCUCCCGAAAGACGAGGUUGUCUGGACCGGGCGUAUUGGAGGGGAGGACUUCGUCAAGAACGUCAAGAGGCAGCUGGGAAAUGACACAUUCACCCCCCAUGUGAUGACCCAGGUCGACAAGCUCCAGGCUAAGGGUUUUACCGGGAAGGGGGUCAAGAUCGCGAUCAUCGACUCCGGGGUUGACUACACUCACCCUGCGUUAGGCGGCUGCUUUGGUCGUCCCGAUUGUUUGUUCACCUUUGGUACCGAUAUCGUUGGCGACGACUACGAUGGCACCAAUAUUCCGGUGCCCGAUGCGGACCCAUACGAUGACUGUGGUGGCCAUGGUACCCAUGUCGCAGGAAUCAUUGCAGCACAAGCCAACGAGAUGGGCUUCGGGGGGGCUGCCCCUGAUGUUGAGCUGGGCAUGUAUAGGGUGUUUGGAUGCGUAGGUAGUGUCUCUAACGAUAUCUUGAUCGACGCCUACAUGCAGGCAUUCGAGGCCGGGUCCGACAUCAUCACGGCUUCAAUAGGAGGCGCCUCAGGUUGGAGCGAAGAUCCGUGGGCCGUCGCCGUAUCUCGGAUCGUCGAAGCGGGCGUUCCAUGCACUGUUUCAGCCGGUAACGACGGUUCGGCUGGUCUGUUCUACGCCAGCAGUGCAUCCAACGGCAAAAAGGUGACAUCUGUAGCUUCGAUCGACAACGAAGUCACACCACUACUCCUUACCGAAUCGAGCUUCAGUAUCGACGACGGCGAGGAGCAGGACUUCGGGUAUAACCUCGGGGAUCCGGGUAGCUGGGCCAACGUGAGCCUCCCGCUCUGGACCCCGUCGUUCAACACCGAUGACCCGGCGAUGGCCUGCACCGCGCUGCCCGACGACACCCCCGACCUGUCCGGGAAGAUCGUCUUGAUCCGCCGUGGUUCAUGCACCUUCGCCGACAAGUCUACCAACGCGGCCAAGUUUGGAGCUAGAUAUGUCAUGUUCUACAAUAACGUCCCAGUUGGAACGGUCGGCCCUGUGAUUAACAGAGUCCCCGGAAUUCUAGGGAUCGGCAUGGUAACUGCGGAUCAAGGCGCGGCUUGGAUAUCCUCCUUGCAGAGCAGCUCCAAUGUCACUCUUCACAUGCUUGACCCCCUCACCGCGCCUGUUAGCUUGAUUCAGCCGAAGAACACGAUCACCGGCGGGUCCCCGAGCGUUUUCACAACCUUAAACCCAACCUUCGAGAUGGACGUUAAACCGCAGCUCGCCGCCCCGGGCGGCAUGAUCCUGUCGACAUACCCGACCUCCAUGGGUUCGUAUGCUGUCCUGUCGGGGACAUCGAUGUCGUGCCCGCUGGUCGCCGCUAUCUACGCCCUGCUGUCGAACGCCCGCGGCACCCUUGACCCUGCUACUAUCGAAAACCUGCUGUCGGCCACGGCAAACCCGGUGUUAUUGAACGACGGAACUGGGACGUACCCGGUGUUGGCUCCCGUCGUACAGCAGGGCGCCGGUAUAGUCCAGGCAUACGAUGCUGCUUUUGCGACAACACUGCUGAGCAAGUCGAGCCUCUCCUUUAACGACACCGAUCACUUCGUCGAUACGCUGAAUUUUACCAUCCGAAACUUGGGCACCGAAGCUGUUACCUACGAGCUCGGGAGCGUUGGUGCUGCCACCGCUUACACCUUCUCAAACUCGAUCAACCCGGACCCGUUCCCUGGCUUGACGCUUACGGAUGAAUUUGCUACCGUCGCCCUGAGCGAGGCUGAGGUUGAGGUUGCAGCUGGCGGCGAGGCUACCGUCUCCGUGACGGUGACCCCUCCCGCCCUCGACGGCACCUUCUUGCCAGUAUAUUCCGGCUACAUCACCAUUAACGGCACCAACGGAGACAGCCUGUCACUUCCCUACAACGGAGCCGUCGGCAGCCUGCGUGAGAGGCAGGUUCUCGAAAGGGGCUAUCUAGCGCUCUCGACGGACCAGAACUACGACCCUGUGGAGGGAAAUACGACCUUCACACUGCCCCGGACGAACGGCACGAUCGAUACCACAUACCCCGCUGGUGUAGCGAUAUUCUCAUUUGGUUCACCGCGGGUUAACGUCCGAGCCGUGCCGAUUAACAGUAGCCAGAACUCUAGUGCUGAAGGCAGCGAGAUUUUCGGUUCUCCGACCUACUAUGUAGCUCGAGAUUUCCUCAUCACAGCUUGGGACGGUAGACUAGCGGAUGGCAGCCUCGCACCGGCCGGCUCGUACAAGCUACGCUUCGAAGCGUUGCACGUCUUCGGAGACGCCGGCAACUCAUCCGACUACGACACCGCGGAAUCUGUUCAGUUUUCCAUCCGUUAUGUGUAG